AUGCGCACCUUGGACCGCCACAUUCUCCCUCCUUCCAUCACCCUGCCCCAUUCUCCCUCUUUCCAUCAACCCGCCCCAUUCUCCCGUUUUCCAUCACCCCGUUCCAUUCUCCCGCUUUCCAUCACCCCGCCCCAUUCUCCCGCUUUCCAUCACCCCGCCCCAUUCUCCCUCUUUCCAUCACCCCGCACCAUUCUCCCACUUUCCAUCACCCCGCCCGAUUCUCCCGCUUUCCGUAACCCCGCCCCAUUCUCCCGCUUCCUAUCACCCCGCCCCAUUCUCCCGCUUUCCAUCACCCCGCCCCAUUCUCCCGCUUUCCAUCACCCCGCCCCAUUCUCCCUCUUUCCAUCACCCCGCCCCUUCUUCCGCUUUCCAUCACCUCGCCCCAUUCUCCCGCUUCCAUCACCCCGCCCCAUUCUCCCUCUUUCCAUCACCCCGCCCCAUUCUCUCGCUUUCCAUCACCCCGCCUCAUUCUCCCCGCUUCCCAUCACCCCGCCCCAUUCUCCCGCUUUCCGUCACCCCGCCCCAUUCUCCCGCUUUCCAUCACCCCGCCCCAUUCUCCCGCUUUUCAUCACCCCGCCCCAUUCUCCCGCUUUCCAUCACCCCGCCCCGUUCUCCCGCUUUCCAUCACCCCGCCCCAUUCUCCCUCUUUCCAUCACCCCGCCCCAUUCUCCCGCUUUCCAUCACCCCGCCCCAUUCUCCCGCUUUCCAUCACCCCCCCCCAUUCUCCCGCUUUCCAUCACCCCCCCCCAUUCUCCCGCUUUCCAUCACCCCCCCCCAUUCUCCCUCUUUCCAUCACCCCGCCCCAUUCUCCCUCUUUCCAUCACCCCGCCCCAUUCUCCCAAUUUCCAUCACCCCGCCCCAUUCUCCCGAUUUCCAUCACCCCGCCCCAUUCUCCCGCUUCCCAUCACCCCGCCCUAUUCUCCCACUUUCCAUUACCCCGCCCCAUUCUCCCGCUUUCCAUCACCCCGCCCCAUUCUCCCGCUUUCCAUCAUCCCACCCCAUCUUCCCUCCUUCCAUCACCCCGACCCAUUCUCCUGCUUUCCAUCACCCCGCUCCAUCCUCCCUCCUUCCAUCACCCCGCCCCAUUCUCCCGCUUUCCAUCACCCCGCCGCAUUCUCCCUCCUUCCAUUUGGCUUAGCCGUUUGUCUUAGCCGUUUGGCUUAG